AUAUUCUUUGUUAUUCAUUCUUUGCGUAAUUUUUCUGCUUCUUCUUUUCUCUUUUUUUUUUUUUCCCCACUCUUCACAGAGGCUGUUUUUUUGAAGCCUCCAGGAACUUUUCUUUUUACUCGAUUAACGUUCACAUCUCUCAGCAGUGAAAGAAGAAUUAACUUGUUCUUCCUCCGUUUAAAAAGGAAUCUAGCAUCGAAUAUUUCCGAUCCGUCACAAAAAAAAACUCAAAGAAGCACUGCAACGAAGUAACGCGAGCCGAUACGCCGCACGCAGAUCGUCGAGAAUGUCUACACAUAUCUCUCAGAUUGCGGAAUCGCAAGAUGGAAAUGAGCUGAGACACAACGAUUCAAGCAGAGGUGGUCGAGGAACACAUAAUAGACGUAAUAGGAACCGUGAUGGUCAUGGGGGACGUGGCAGGAGUGGUGUUGCUCAUCAUACAUCCGGCGGGGAUCGCGGUUCACGCCCUUCAGGGAGAAGUCGAGGGAGAGGUGGUAGACGGGGUGAUGGCGAGGCAAGAAGAGCACAGCAUAUUAGCGCUGCACGAGUGGACCCAGGUUCUGGAAGAGUAUUCGCUGGACGAUUGACGAGACCCGAUGAAUUGGAAAAUGCGAACGAUCGCACGCCUCAGGGAACAAAUGAUAGUGUUGAGAAUGGCCCCGCAUCCUUACGAGCAGAUGCUCCGGAGUUCGUGCCUGGAGCUCCUUCAAAAGCUUCACCUUCAACCGCCCUUGAUUCCUACCUACCAACGCAACGUAAACCGAAACAACCCAGAAACCCCAAGACGAAAUCUACCGCGGACGAUAUUGCUACUCGUACACACGAAGAUAUACAGAAUGGAUUCUACGAGUGUCCAAUUUGCACAUCUGAAUUGGGAAGAAGAUCAAAAGUAUGGUCAUGCAAGCGCUGUUGGACUGUUUUUCACUUGAGUUGCAUAAAAAAGUGGUCGAACAAUGAAGGAUCAGCAAUGGAACGCCCACGAGGCGACGAUGAGGAGAACACAGAAGCAUUGCGGCCUCGAUUAUGGAGGUGUCCCGGUUGCAAUUUGCCACAAGAUGUUAUGCCGUCGAUUUAUAGCUGUUGGUGUGAAAAGGAGAUCGACCCUCGACCAUUACCCGGCUUGCCUCCACAUUCUUGUGGUCAAAGCUGCUCGAAGUCUCGAAACGGUUGUCCACAUCCAUGCAAUUUAGUCUGCCAUGCUGGUCCAUGCGCCUCUUGUCAGGCCAUGGGGCCAACUCAGCGAUGUUUCUGUGGACGACAUGAAUCUACAAAGAGAUGUGUGGAUACAGAUUACGAAAACGGAUGGAGCUGCAUGAAGAUUUGUGGCGAGCUACUAUCCUGUUUGCGUCACAAGUGCCAGCGUCCUUGUCACGAAGGCCCGUGUGGUGCUUGUGAGGAAUCCGUCCACGCUAAGUGCUAUUGCGGGAAGGUCACUAAGGAUAUGCCAUGUAGGGAGACGGGAGAGGAGAAAUACAGUGAACGUGGGAUUGAAAUGGAAGAAAUUUCCGGGGAGAUUUCAACGUGGACCGGGUCAUUUGAUUGCACGUCCAUUUGUGACCGUGUCUAUGAUUGUGGCCUGCAUCGCUGUCAGCAAUCAUGUCAUCCUCAGAGCCGGGCAGUGCCGCACUGUCCAAGCUCUCCGGACGUUGUUAAACAUUGUCAAUGUGGAAAAUCACUUCUCUCAGAUAUCCCAAAUGCUAAAGCGCGGACUUCGUGCGAAGAUCCGAUCCCCACAUGUGAGAAACCUUGUGGAAAAGUGCUGCCGUGCAAACAUACCUGUCCAAAGUUCUUCAACCACCGCUUCCUUGCGGAACAACUGCUCCGGCAUGUCAUUACAACUGCGAGCGGCCGAAGCCCUGUGGUCAUCCGCAAACCCCUCAUACCUGUCAUAUGGACGAUGAAAACUGUCCGAAGUGUCCGUACUUUGUGGAAAAGAAGUGUCUCUGUGGAAGAACGUCGUCCAAGCAACCAUGUUCGCAGCCUAACGGCCAAUGUGCUUUCAUAUGUUCAAAGCCCUCCAAAUGUGGCGCCCAUACAUGCCAGCGGUUCUGUCAUAGGCCGGGAGAGUGCUCGGAUUCGAACAGCCCUUGCCAGAAGACAUGUGGAAAGCGUCUUAAAACUUGCGGACAUCCCUGCCAAGAGCGCUGCCAUGCUCCGUAUCCUUGUCCCGAGUCCACUCCAUGUCGAUCUCGCGUUUCUAUUACCUCCAAGAACCUCUGAUGAAAGAUUAAAAUGCGAUGAUGAAUGUGCGCGUCUAAAAAGAAACCGUGACUUGGCUUCCGCUUUGAAUAUUGAUAUAGAUCCGGUUACAACUACAGCUGCCAAUCCGACUGUAGGGCCACAGGACUCGGAUACUCUGCCAUAUUCGGACGAUACCCUCGACCUGUACGUUCAGCUAUCCUCCUCUUCGACAUUGGCUACCCUUCAGGGCUAUGAAGCAAGCCUUCAUGCACUCGCUACCCAAGACUCGCAAAAAUCGAACCGCUUUCCACCAUGCCGAUCCCAACUUCGUGCCUUUAUCCAUUCUCUUGCAGGGGACUGGGGAUUCCAAUCCGAAAGUUUUGACCCGGAGCCAGUUCGCCAUGUUUUUGUGUACAAAGCUCCGGGGUGGAUCUCACCAGGUGUCGCUGCCGCCGGCCAAACGAGGAUUGGCAUUCGUGGUCUAAGCGUCAUUGAGUGUAUUAAAUUACGAGAGCGUGAACGCGCAAGGGAAAAAGAAGCUAGGAGAGCAGCCGCUGAAAAGGCAAGACAUGAAGCUGAACAACUGAACGAUGAAUGGACAGUCCUGGAACAGAAGGAUGAACAUGGGUGGUCGAGAGUUGUAUCGAAGAAGAAGCCACAGUGGUGGAAUGAUAGUGAUAUUCAGAAGCUUGCACCGAAUUUAGCGCAGACUGGACCUGGCGAAGGUAGCAGUAUGGGACUGAGCAGUGGCAGGUUUGGCAGUCUCAUAUUGAAAAGUGGUGUCGGUAGGGGAAAGGAAAUGGAUGGAUCAAGUUCACGUCCUUCUUCGUCAGGGGGCCGAAAGAAGCUGGCUAGCGAUGAGGAGGUCGUUGAUGAUUGGGAGGAGGAGAUUGAAAAAGAAGAGAAAGCAGAAGAGAAAGAAAAAGAGGAGGAGAAAGAGAAGCAGGAGCCGUCUGAUGUCCUUCCGCCUGAUCAUCAGCCUUGGGAUUGGGCUUCUGAAGGGGAAGGCGAGUCAUAUAUUGUCGAAACCGGGUUUCCAAUCGUUGGGAAUUGA